AUGAUGCCAGAGAACUUCACCUGGGCCAGGGGUACCCCUACUGAGUUCAUCCUCCUGGGCAUCACAGAUCGCUGGGACCUGCACCUGACCCUCUUCCUGAUCUUCCUGCCCGUCUACCUGGUGAGCCUGCUGGGAAAUGUGGGCAUGGUGCUGCUAGUCUACGUGGCCGCCCAGCUCCACACACCCGUGUACUUCUUCCUGGCCAACUUCUCCCUGCUGGAUGCCUGCUAUUCCUCCGCCAUCUGUCCAAAGAUGCUCGUGGACCAGCUGUUGCCCUGCAUCACCAUCCCUUAUGCAGCCUGUGCCCUCCAGAUGUUUUUGUUUACAGGGCUGGUGGAUGCUAAGUGUUGCCUGUUGACAUCCAUGGCCUAUGACCACGGUGUGGCCAUCGGAAACCCUCUUUACACCACCGCCGUGUCGCGACGUCUGUGUCUGGUCUUGCUGGCAGCAUCAGGCCUGGGUGCGGCAGUGAGUGCCGUGGUCCACACGACCUUCACCUUCCGCCUGAGCUUCUGUGGCUCUCGGGAGGUGAACAGCUUCCUCUGCGAUAUCCCUCCACUGCUGGCCGUCUCCUGCAACGACACCAGUCUCAGUGAACUCCUCCUCUUCGUCGUCUGUGGCUUCAUCCAGAAAGCCACCGUGUCGGCUAUCGCCGUGUUCGGGUUCAUUGCCGGAGCCGUGAUCAGCAUGCACUCGGCCAAGGGCCGACGGCGAGCAGCCUCUGCCUGUGGCUCCCACCUCCCGGCCGUGGCCGUGCUGUACGGGACACUCAUUUUCAUGAACCUGCGCCCCAGCUCCAGCUACACCCUGGGCACCGACAAGAUGGCAUCUGUGUUCUACACCCUCGUCAUCCCAGCUCUCAACCCGCUCACCUACAGCCUCCACAACAAAGAGGUCGAGGAGGUGCUCAGAAGGAACUGGAAGCACUGCUGCUGUCCGGGGCCGGCGCACGAGUGCGAGGUCCGAGAGGCUGGUUAG